CCCCCCCCCCCCCCCCCCCCCCACCCUUAAUUGCAAAUGAAGGUUUGCUCUUCGACGUAGAACCUCUAGCAAUUAUAACAAAACUGCAUUUUUCGAGAGCUUUUUUAUCUUUCAUCCCUUUUCGUGAGACACUGGUGCUGGAAAUAUUAAGUCUUUACCUAUUGCACUGAAAUUUUAUCGUGAAUACAUAGGUUCGUAAUUGCCGACUUGUUGGCUUACCAGAUUUAUUAGUCGGAAAAGAGUAUGUUAGAAGUAAAAUUGUUGAUUUUUUAAAUCAUUUGAUUGAUAUUGGCGUUGCUGGUUUUCGUAUUGAUGCAGGUAACUUUGUACACCUACAAACUAUUCCUUCAUACGGCAAAACAAUUUUGGUAGCGCUGCGGUUUUGGAAUCUGUUUGAUGACUGUUUUCAUCAUUCAGUUACUCAAAGUCUUUAGUCUAUUCUUACUAAGUUUGAGCCUCAACUUCGAAAUGUUUAUUAUUUUGUGGAAAAAUCAUAGAGCAUGACAAAGGACGGGGUGCAAUAAGAACGAGGAUCGGCUCCAUUUCAGAUCUUCUCGAAAGGUAUCUAGAAUAAAAGAUCAUACAAUUUUACUUCUAACAUACUCUUUUCCGACUAAUAAAUCUGGUAAGCCAAC